GACACAGCGGCAGCCGCAAAGGCUCUGGCCUCUGCCGCCGGCGUUAAAAAGCUAGAGUUGCCACAAUUUUUCGGCAACGCGAUGCAAUGGUUGCAAUUUAAACGUAUUUUCGAUUAUACAAAGAUACAUUUUUCAGCUUUAGACAACAUAACACGACUAGACAACGCACUUCGUGGGCCUGCACGUGAGGCCGUAGCGGCGCUGUUGAUGUCGACGGAGGACCCCGACGAGGUCAUGCGCGCUCUUGAGGAGAACUUUGCGCGCCCCGAACUCAUCGUAUUCAGGGAGGUGAACAACCUGAAAACAUUGCCCAAACUAGGUAAUGAAUUACGUGAGCUAGGAAUCCUCACUAACAAGUCUCCGGCCCUACUGGAACCUGUAACGUGUACGCACUCCUCGACGACGGAAGUACCGCUACACUUAUAGAUUCUAGCAUCGCCACGCGUAUUGGAGCGACGGGACCGCGACAGACGAUAACGGUCAACGGGGUAGGCGGUCUCGUAAGAAAAACUACCGUCUCCCACGUAGAGUUCAGCAUCAAGGGUAGGUACUCGCAAGAGACUUUCAAAAUUAAGAACGCCCGCGCAAUGGAUGACUUAGGUCUACGGCCACAAUCUAUAAGUCGCGAUAAGAUAAAUUCAUACUCGCAUUUAAGUGAUUUAAUUGACUUUGUCACGUACGAGAAUGCCACUCCAAGCGUACUCAUUGGAGCGGAACACUGGCAUCUCUCAAUAAACCGAGAGGUUCGGACCGGAGGGAAAAAUGAUCCCGUCGCUUGCCUGACAGCGCUUGGCUGGACACUGUAUGGUGUUGCUUCCUCCCGAACAAAACUCAUUGAAUUUGUAAACCACACCUUUGUGAGGUACGUUGACGACAGUAUUGAAACUCUAUUAAAGGAACAAUAUAAACUUGACUCCAUAGGUAUAAAACAUACAGACACAUCGCUCAACAAACAGGAUCAACGCGCAGUCGACAUUUUAGAGGCGACUGCUAGGCGGCUACCCUCUGGUCGUUUUGAAGUAGGUAUGCCUUGGCGCGACGACGUUAUACGCGUCCCUGACAGUCACCCCCAAGCGUUGUCUCGUUUUUUAAGUUUGGAGCGUCGUAUGUCCAAAGAGCCUGAGUUCGCUAAGGCAUACACCGAGUUCAUGAAUAACAUGAUUGACAAGGGUUACGCAGAGGAGUGUUCUCCAGAGUCUUACCACGUUUUUCAUAAAAAAGACUGUGACAACUUGCGGCUUUAUCUCCCACAUUUUGGCGUAUACCAUCCUCAAAAACAAAAGGUUAGGGUUGUGCACGACGCAGCAGCUAGAAACGAGGGUAUAAGUUUAAAUUCCCUGCUGAUCCCUGGUCCUGAUCUACUACAACCUCUUCUCAAAAUUUUAUUUCGGUUUCGGGAAGGCCUCGUCGCGAUGACAGCCGACAUUAAGGAAAUGUUUCCUCAAGUUCGGAUAAGGGAACAGGACAGAGACGCUCUUCGAUACUUGUGGAGGUCAGACAAAUCACAACCCCUUAAAGAGUUUAGGAUGACAUCGGUCAUAUUCGGUGCGUGCUGUAGCCCCUUUGUAGCACAGUUUAUAAAAAACAAAAAUGCUCGCGAACAUACUCACCAGUUCCCUAAAGCCGUAGACGCCAUCUUGUUCAGUCAUUAUAUGGACGACUACAUCGAUUCUCAAGAUGACGUAAACGAGGCCGCCCAUUUAGCUGCGGACAUAGUCAAGGUGCAUGGUGCAGCCUGUUUCGAGAUGCGAGGAUGGAUCUCCAAUAAGUCAGAGGCACUUAAGCUUGUCCCCGAGGACUUGAGAGCUGUCCAACAAGUGGAGGUUGAUCUUGGUGAGUCAGCUAGUUUCAUACGAGCUUUAGGCAUAGCGUGGUACCCCAGCACAGAUUUUAUAGGGUUUCGCACGGGUUUGACUGAAACGGCGCCAGUCAAAUUGACUAAGAGGAAGGUUUUGUCGCACAUAAUGCGCGUUUAUGACCCUUUGGGUUUGUUAGGGCCCAUUGUUGUACAAGGGCGAAUACUUUUUCAACAAACUUGGCGGACUAACGUCGGCUGGGACACCGACCUUCCCCAAACUGAGGCAUCAAAGUGGUCUGAUUGGUUUCGAGACCUGUCUAAAGUCACGGCGUUAAAGAUUCCGCGUUGGUACUCGGGCGCAAAGGGAUCUGAACCAUCUUUUAGAGAGCUGCAUGUUUUUUCCGACGCGAGCGAGCUCGCCUAUGCCUGUGUUGCUUACUGGCGUUUACUUUACCCCGACGGAAGCAUCAAGGUCGCUCUCAUAGCGAGCAAAGCCAGAGUUUCCCCAUUAAGACCGAUUUCGAUUCCACGCUUGGAACUGCAGGCCGCUUUGAUAGCCUCACGGCUUGGGGUCACCAUCAAGGACAGUCAUCGCAAAAAAUCUAUCCGUACUUAUUUUUGGACUGACUCGAUGACUGUCCUUCAGUGGUUACGUAACGACGCACGAGCCUUUAAACCUUUCGUUGCCCAUCGGCUUGGAGAGAUAUUAGAAAAUUCGUCAGUCGAAAAUUGGCGAUGGGUACCGACAGAUUUGAACGUGGCCGAUGAUGCAACGAGGUUGCGCCCUAUAAAUUUGGACGCUACCCAUAGGUGGUUUAGCGGUCCCUCAUUUCUUUUGAAAUCUUCGGAGGACUGGCCCUCAGAGCCAUUGAAUGUCCCACCAGUUCGAGACGAGUUGAAAUGUCCGCGGAACGAAUUGGUGGGAUUACUCACGAUAGGCGCGGUCAUUCCCGACCCAGUCACACCUCCUUUGGACCGUUUUAGUGACUGGGUGCGCUUGUUGCGUGCCACAGCACGAACGCAUCAAGCCGCGGCUUUGUUUAAAAACUAUUUGGCUACCGCUCAUGAACGUCUCCGCCGCUUGUCCACGCCCGCCACGCUGCCGCCUCUCGAUGCCGAUCUCAUGAAAGCCGCAGAAAGGCAUGUUUUACGACGGAUCCAACUCGAGUCAUUCCAGAACGAAAUCCACCUUAUCGUCAACUCGAAGCCAAUCCCCUCGAGCAGCCGCAUUUCCAAACUGUCGCCCUCACUGGGAGAGGACAAGCUCCUGCACUUGGCUGGGCGAAUUAAAGCAGUCGAAAACGUGGACCCCAACGUACGCUCUCCGAUCUUACUCGAUGGACGUCACCCAGCUGCCCGAUUAUUGGUCGAACAUUACCAUCGGCGAGCCGGCCAUGCCAACCAUGAAGCAGUCAUCAAUGAAAUUAGACAAAGGUUUUGGCUUCUCAGACUCAGAAACACCGUCAGAACCGUCGCGAACCGAUGCCUACAAUGCAGAAUACGAAAAGCCGCACCGUUGAAUCCACCGACAGGAGAUCUGCCGCCACAAAGACUGGCACACCAUCAGCGGCCGUUCACUUUCACUGGCCUCGAUUAUUUUGGCCCCGUAAACGUGACUGUCGGCCGCCGCCACGAGAAACGAUACGUAGCGCUCCCGACAUUACAGCCUAGACAGUCUACCAGGAGUCACGCAACGGUUCGAGUUGGCGAUACAGUCAUAAUCUGCGACGGGACACUGCCCAGAGGAUUGUGGCCACUUGGUCGGAUCAGCCAGCUUCACCCCGAGCGAGACGGAGUCUGCAGGGUGGUGGACGUGGACACAGCUGCGGGCACGCUGCGCCGCCCCCUCAGAAAGAUUGUGGAAAUUGGUGCAAUGCUGCACGAGGGGGAGGAUGUUGCGAACUCUUCGUAGGUUUUGUAAUCUUUUUAUAUUAUUAUGUUUUUUAUAUUUAUUCUUUUUUGACGUUUUGUAUGUUGAUUUUGUUUUUACUUCUUGUCGUUUGCUUUUUUGGUGACUGGUGAAAAUAUAUUAAAUAAUUCUCAAAGCUAAGUAUCUGUUGUUCCUUCAUUUCAUUUAGUUAUACAGUCCACUUCAUA